AUGUUUUCAAGAAGUACUUGCUGGUUCUUGGAUCAUGGACGUUCAGAACAGAGGGUUAAAUGCUACCUCACACAUCACAGCGUCUGCAUGGGGCUUCCUUUUAUUCCUGAAACAGUUACUUGUACAAAACAGAACCCUUGUCAUCAUACAACAUCCUCAGAACCAGGAGCACUUUCAUCUCCUGCCUGGAUCCCUAACUGA